UUUUAUUUUCUUCACCAUAAAUAGCUCCCAUUUGCUGCAGUAGUUUGAGGCUUGGCCUUGCCCUCAAUGGGGAUGUGAUAUUACAUGUGGUUAUGGAGUUUGAGUCCUGUUCCAACAUGCCUUUGAAUCUUCUGGUUGGUAGAUGUUCAUCUAAAAGCCUGGCGACUGAAACCAGUUCUGUGGUGGGGAAGGCAGUGCAUCUGUAUGAUCACAUGACUCUUGAUAUGGAUGCAGUCCUGUCAGACUUUGUUCGGUCCACAGGGGCAGAACCUGGUCUGGCAAGAGACCUGCUGGAAGGUAAGAAUUGGGAUCUGAGUGCAGCGCUCAAUGACUUUGAACAACUUAGGCAAGUUCACACUGGGAACUUGCCUCGUGUGUUCAAUGAAGGAAGCUUCUACAAGCAACAAGAGAAAGAACAAUCCAAUCAGGUGAACAAGUGUGAGCAGAGACAGGAUGAGAUUGCUCAAGAAAAACGCCUCUCACGAGGAAUUUCUCAUGCAAGUUCAGCUAUUGUGUCCUUGGCUCGCUCACAAGUGGCAAAUGAAUGCAGUAGUGAACAGUUUCCUUUAGAGAUGCCCAUUUAUACAUUCCAGCUGCCUGAUUUAAAUGUCUAUAGUGAAGAUUUCCGCAGCUUUAUUGAAAGAGAUUUGAUUGAACAAUCGACAAUGGUAGCCUUGGAACAGGCAGGCCGACUAAAUUGGUGGUCAGUUGUUUGUUCAAGCUGCAAGCGUCUUUUGCCAUUAGCAACAACAGGAGAUGGGAACUGUCUCUUACAUGCAGCUUCACUAGGCAUGUGGGGUUUCCAUGAUAGAGACCUGAUGCUUCGAAAAGCUCUUUAUACCAUGAUGAAAGAAGGCCCAGAAAAAGAUGCAUUGAAGAGGAGAUGGAGGUGGCAGCAAACCCAGCAAAAUAAGGAGUCUGGCUUGGUUUACACUGAAGAGGAGUGGGAGCGAGAGUGGAAUGAGCUGCUUAAACUUGCUUCCAGUGAACCUCGAAUACACUACAGUAAGAAUACAGGCACCUGUGGUGGUGUUGAUAACUCUGAAGACCCGGUUUAUGAAAGUUUGGAGGAGUUCCAUGUGUUUGUUCUCGCCCAUGUAUUGCGAAGACCAAUUGUCGUUGUUGCAGAUACUAUGCUAAGAGACUCAGGAGGUGAAGCAUUUGCACCAAUACCUUUUGGAGGGAUUUACUUACCUCUGGAAGUACCUCCUAACAGAUGUCACUGUUCACCUUUAGUCUUAGCCUAUGAUCAGGCCCACUUCUCUGCACUGGUGUCCAUGGAACAGAAUGAUCAACAAAGAGAACAAGCUGCAAUUCCUUUGACUGAUUCAGAACACAAGCUGCUACCUUUGCACUUUGCAACGGAUCCCAAGGAUUGGGAAUGGGGAAAGGAUGACAAUGACAACACCAAACUGGCUAAUUUGAUCCUCUCCCUGGAAGCAAAGCUUCACCUACUGCACAGCUAUAUGAAUGUAUCCUGGAUUUGUAUUCCUGCUGAAACAAGGGCACCUUUGGCCCAGCCAGAGUCACCAACUGCUUCAGCAGGAGAAGAUGUCCAUUCACUAGCUGAGUCAAUGGAGUCAGAUAGAGACUCCAUCUGCAGCAACUCCAACCUGAAUGGAAACAGAAACAAGAAAGAAAAAGAGAAAGGAGAUAAACAGAAAAAGGACAAGGAAAAGAACAGGACAGAUUCUGUUGCAAACAAACUUGGGAGCCUAAGUAAAACUCUGGGAAUUAAAAUAAAAAAGAACAUGGGAGGACUUGGUGGACUGGUGCAUGGAAAGAUCAGUAGGGGAAACACCAGCAAUGGGCGGAAUGGCGAGACUGCAGAGAAACUCAAGAAGAAAGAAUCCAGCAAAACUCGGAAAGGAAGCAAGGAGGAGUCAUCACAUUCUGCAAGUUCAUCACCUACAGAUAAAUCAAAUGUCUCAGUUAAAUCUCCAGUAGAGAAACAUUCUGAUCAGUGGAAAUACAGCACUGAUGUCAAACUCAGUCUCAACAUACUGAGAGCUGCUAUGCAAGGAGAGAGGAAGUUCAUUUUUGCUGGUCUUCUGUUGACUAGUCAUAGGCACCAGUUUCAUGAGGAGAUGAUUAAUUAUUACUUGACCACCGCUCAGGAGCGCUUCAAUGCAGAGCAGGAGCAAAAGCGCAAGGAGGCAGAGAAAAAAACAUGCAGCAACUCUGCAUGUAAAAAAGAGGAGCAAGAGCCAUCUCAAAGAAACAAGUCAGAACCAAAUUCACAAGAGGACACUUUUCAAGGCUCUUCUCAAAGCCAUCCAGGUCACCUGAGCUCAAAUCUACAGGGGAUCAGUGACCAGAUAUCCAUGAACACUUCACCACCAAACAGUGGAACCCCUAAAGCUGGCACUCUCACCUCUGCCCACUUUACUCAUACACCAGCUUUGUUGCAGCAUGUCAUCCAUGUAUCUGAGGUGAGAUCUCAGCCAUUGAGUUAUCAAACUGACAAUCAGCCAUCCGUCAUCAGUUCUCUGAAAACAUGCGCAACUUACCCACAACAUAGUCGCUCGCUGUCUUAUCAAAGCUAUUGCCCUGUGGGUCUAUCAGGGCUCCCCACUGUGGAAACCAUGGAACCUCUAAAAUGUUUGCUGCCCCCUGAACACAAAAGUCACACGUAUACCAAUGGGUUUGGUUCUGGUGAUGUGAGUGACUACUUGGAAUAUGCAGAUGAGGACACUUCCUUCGUGUGGCAGAGCGGAGAGAAAAGCAAAGUGCGAGGUGUGGCAGCCCCGCCUUAUUCCCUACAACAGAACCGAUGCAAACAGCACAACUGCCCCUUCUAUGGCCGUCCAGAGACGGAGUUUUACUGCUCCUACUGCUACAAGGAGGAGCUCAAACGCAGGGAACGAGGAAACAAGUCUGUUUAACUGUGAUGGUUGUAUGGAAAGUUCUGUUCCAGUUUUUCUGUAUUAACCAACUCUGUAAUUACAAAUAUUUUGAUGAGCAAUUUGCUAAGUAUAAAUCUUUAAACCAGGAUCAAAAGUCUGUUCAUUACAUUUUGAGAGUCUUGGAGCUGUGCUGCAGUUGGAUCUAUUGGAAAAGUUGAUGAAUCUGUGCCUCCAGGAUUGAAACUCCAGACCCUAAUUCCUGCCCACUAUCCAGGGGCAGUACAAGACCUUUUGUGUUACUUCUCCAUGGACUGUUACCAAAUAGUUGAUUAUAUUCCUACAUGUAUGUUUUUUUAAUUACACUACUGCAAAGUAAAUUCCAGUGAUAAUUUGCACAUUAAUUACAACUGUAAAAGUGAAAUAUAGCAGAAAAUAACCGAUUAUUUAUGUGUUUGUGAACUAGAAGAUGCAUUAUGAUGGAACUUUACAAGCAAAAGUUUAAAAAUUGUAAUAUAGAAAUUAUUUUUAUAUUAUUUUCACAAAUGUGCUGCAAAGCAAUAUUUUGCGCUUUUUAUUAAAACACAAUUGCCACUUUACUAGAUUAUAAAAUUGCUGAAACUAAUUAGAGGCAUACAAUGGAGCAUUAUAAUGUAUAUUUAUAAGCUCUAGUGAGCUUGAGUGGCUUGAGUGUUCACACAUUUUGAUACUUAGUAAACAUGCAGUUUCAUUUGAGGAAAGCUUUUUUCCAAAGCUUAUUUCCAGUAUUUCAAUGAUAGCCUCAAUCCUAUAUUGUGCUGUGAAGAAUCUGUUGCAUUUAUUUUGCUGUUUCAGCUUAGAAUAUCGAAAGAAGAAAACUGCACACUAUCUCAAAUCUCCUGCCUGCAAACAGCACUUACUAUUACAGAUGCAAAGCCAAUUGAAAAGAGAAAGAAAGCCAGUGACCUAGGCUCUUUUGACCUAAAUCCAGAACCUUAGAUUCACUUGCCUGGUGACUGUUAAAAGUUCACAACUGGCUAUAUUUGUCUUUUCAUCUACUUAACAGUGAGUAUUAGACAGUGGCCUUAAAGGGUCUGACUAGGUUAGUAGCUGAACAUCACAACACUGCUUCAGAUCCUGAUGUCCUGUAAAUCAUGCCAAGGGAGCAUUUACUAGGGUUUAUUUAAUAAUGUAAGGCAGACUAUUUCUGUGUGGCUUUUAUUUUCAAUGAUUUUAUCUUCUGCUUUAAUAUGAAAUUAAACUGUGGAAAUACUUUGUUCUGUAAUGAUCUUAGCACUAUGCACACAAUGACAGAAGCAAAAAUGAAGGGAUGGGGUUUACUUUUGGCUUCCCCCCACUCCCCACCAUCACUUUCCUCUCCCCGCAACCUUAAGUGGUUUUACAACCAUUGCAAUCUUCUCCUUUGGCAGUGUCAUGCCCAAGGUCAGCACUGUCCCUUUGAUUAACCAAAAAGUGCAGUGAAGAAUGCAAAUAGAGUGAACUUGCACAAAAUUCAUUACUUUUGAUUCCUGUGUUAUCUUUGCUGUUAAUGUUAUCCGGCAGCUUCGCUGUCUCAAGCUUUGUUCAUACAGGAAAUCAAACUCCCGCAAUGUGGGGAAGGUGCCCGUUUCUGAUCCACUGUGGGACAGAGUGAUCAGUUUGUUCUUCAGAGGUGUGGUGAAAUACUCAAGGAAAAUGCAAGUGAGUUUAAAAUCCUAACCUACUUCAUCCAAAACCACCUCCUAUUGGGCACGGGGGGGUGGUUGUCGUGGAAUAUUUCAUUGAAUCUUCUAUGGAAAUUCAAAGAAAGUUUAGGUUGAUUUUAUAUUUACAGAUUAUUGUGAACUUUCAGGGCAGGCAUGGGUUCACUGAAACUUCAAAGUACAAAGUUGAAAGUAAAAAAAAUCACCAUUAUUUUUCUUGUUGGAUUUCUGAACAAGAAAUAAGUUUGGACAUGGCUAAGAAUUUAGUAAAGGAUAAAAGCAUUUUGACUUCGAGAGAAUAAUUGUGAGUUCAGGAAACUUGAUAAGGUCCUUUGAAAUAUUGAACAAUAUAGUUGCUUUUGUUUAACUUGGGUCGAUUGUCCUGGAUUUUUUUUUCCAUAUAUGAUCAUCCCAAGAUUUUCAAAUGGUGGGAAGCUUGAGCUCAUUUUCAAGAAACCAUUGAAAUCUAAUGCCAAAACCUGAUCGCUGGCAUUAAAGUCGGAUAUUAAAUAAUAGAUUGAAGCUAACGUGACAGGGUGCGAUCAGAUAGGAUAUUCAAUGUUACACAUUAUCUUUCUUGAUUGAUCAUAAUAUUCUGCAUUGUUUUAAA